CGGCCCUUAACAUAGGCGAGGGCAAAGAAAGACGUGUUAACCUCUUUGACGGCGAAGAAAAACGAAGAAGACUUAUUUUUGCGUUCAACUAUGUUUGCGAGUAUACGAAUUCCCAAGAGUUUUUUCUGGAAUGAUGUUGAAUCCAUGUUUACGGGCCUUUUUCACAAAUUUUUUUCAUGCAUCCUUUAUCGCCGUCAAAACACUCGAGCGUCUUUAUUCGUGUCAAGUGACUAUAUUAUUAUUACCUCGGAGAUACCCGCGUUGCGACCUAAGAAAUAUUGUGCUAAAUCCUAAUUGCUUUGAGCAACCGGCCCUUAGACAAUGUUCAAACAGGGACCUAAUUGGCAGUUAAGAACCUUUUCGGCAAUUUAUACAAAGUUUCAAUUUAUUACUUGCCAAUUAAUACAUAAUUGGCAAUUAAUUUGUGUCAAAUUCUCUAUGCAACCCUGUGAAGUAUGUUUAAUGAGAAGAGCAAAGGGUAUGUUUGAUGAGAAAACGAAAUGUCAUUGAAACGAAUUGUCAAAAAAUCUAAUGACAUAUGGCAUAUGACAUUAAAAUAUUAUUAUUAAAAAAGUAAACAAGCAAUGGCCGCCAAAAUUGAUGUUUAAUUCAUUAUAGAACCAAAACUCAAGAGGGAGAGGAUGGGAUGGAGUGAGGGGGCGGAAUUGGCAAGACUGGGAAGAACGAGUGGGGGAGCUCCGUGGGAUGCGUAAGAAUGCGCACGUCCAAGCAGAGAUGGCAGCAGAUCUCGCAGAGCUUGGGUAUACCCACAGUGCGAGAGAUGUGCAAGUAAAAUUGCAAAAUUUUUCGCAGCGCUACAGAAAGGAAAAGGCAGAUAUUGGUCCUUCAGGUGGGUCGCCUUCUACAUGGGUGCACUAUGAGAGGGUGCACCAAAUAAUUGAAGGGUUCAAGGCAAAUGUCCACACGGAGCUCACGCUUGAAAGCAUUGAUGAGGCAUCAAAAGCAUCGUCAUCCACUGCACCUCUACCGUCCCCAGGAACACCGUUGCCAUCACCCUCGUCGCCACUGCCCUCACCGGUACCUUCAACGUCAGCGUCGGCUGGAAAAACCAAAAAAUAUAAUUUCCAAGAAAAAUUAUUGGAAAAAUUUGACAAUUUAUCGUCGGACAUUGCCGAGCAUUUAAAGAGAAGCGAAGAAAAUGAAAAGGAGUUAAUAGAGAUAGAAAACAAGAGCAGCGCUGUCUUCGACUAUGCCGAAGGCUUCAUAGCUUACUGCUUUUGAAUACAUCUGCAUACAUCGAU